CAUCGUAGAAGACGAAAAAGAUGCUCGUGACUCUUGAUGCUCGACCAUGAAAGAUUUCGUAAGAGCACUGGCUUUACUGGUAGUCAUGUGUACUGGACAGGUCCCAGAGUUGAGGAAGACCACCGAAGGAGGUCCAACUCAGGAAGGAAGGAAUGGAAGCACGAACAUGAGCUUUGGGAGCUCCUGCUCUCGAGACCAAGAUUGCCCAGCCACCUUAGCUUGCGCCAGGAACGAGUGCGAAUGUGCUCACCAAACUCCCGUUCUCAUCCACGGAUUAGAAGGAUCUUCAAAAUGCGUCAAAGACGGUUUUUAUUCGGCCAAAUCAACUUAAGAAACGUGAUAACAGCGAGAUCCAUGAACGAGGUGUGCUCGGAUGACUUGGAAUGCAGCUUCAACAAAUCAAACCUGAUUUGCAUCAGUUCCAUUUGCUUAUGUCCAGCGCCCUACGUCCUCACAGAGAAGAACUUAUGCAAAGCUCAACGGCCGUCCAAAGGUGGCAUUAUGUUUAGCCUUGUACCUACGGUAGUUCUCGUCUUCACCUUACUGGUCCUGGGCGCCUCCUACACUUAUCAGAGGAUCGUACGGUGUCGGGAGGAAAAAGACACAGAAAUCUGCUCUGAUAUAGACAGAACAUCUGCAGCAACACCGGUACAGCAGUCCUGCCGCACCGCCAGUGUCCCUCUGUUGGCCAGUACCAUUGGAAGCAACCGUCCUGCACGUUACAUUUUACGCUCCGAAUGCAGAGAAACACCGACAGGAAAGAACUUGACCAACGCUGAGAAGGCCCCAUCUUUCAAGAAUACUGUGGAUCAUAGAAAUGCACUUUUCAAAGUUGUUUCAAGAUGUAAAACUCCGACAGUAUGCGUAAUCCAUAGUGGCCAAGGGACGUCCGAAGGAUCUACUGGAGGAACGAUUCAACCAGGCAGAGAGGACGAAAUACUCAACUCCUUUAGUGGGGAUGAAGCUUUUACACUGGAACCCAGCGAAGAUUCUUUCAUGCGUGAAGCGAGAAAAUGCAUCGAGAAGUUGAGCAAGCGGCGGCCGAGUUCUGAAAUGACAUGCCUCGAUGAACAUCAUAAGAUUCCGACUGAUAGUCGGUCGCCUUCGCUUGCGGCAGUGCAUUCCGCACAACGUUUUAGUAGAAGCAGACAGAAAGUGUAUUUCUGUAGUACACAAUCCAACAUGGAGCCGGACGCUGUUGAAGGAAGCCAAGAUGCAAAGCGAUCUGUUGGUUCAUCAUCGGGAGACGUCUCACCGCGAGAAUACCAUAAAUCGCUCGAGUUCACCAGACCAGAUGCGGAAAAGACAAGCCAGUCAGAAACUAACCAACUGGUUUCUAAGAGUCAAGUUGAGGAACUGAAAAGGAAGUUUGAGCGCGUUAAGUCAUUAGCGUCACGAGGGAGGCACAUGCAGGACAUGGCGGAACGACUUUCACUUCUUGAAGAAGAAAUCAAGAGCCUAACUAUCGCCAAUACUCAUGAUGAAGAGGUUACCGAAAUGAUCGGCACUACGCUACCGAAUUACAGUUGUGAAAAUAAAGAAACAGGGCAACCCUGUAGCAGGGAAAGCCAUAGAAAGACAUUCACUGAGGACCUCCUGACCACACAACAGAAAGGAUUGCAUGAAAAUAAUUUGGCAACUUGGUUCAGCGCAGUACUAGCGACGAAUGCUACAACAAGCGUUACGCCAUCAAGUGCAACAAUGCAGUCACCAGGAAAUAAGUUCCUCACGAGCUCAGUGGAGGAGUUGAACAUUCUGGACAACCCAUUCUGUGAUCCAAAUGAACCAUUUACUCCUUCGCUGUCGACGUCGCUUUCGUUCAUGUCUACCGAAUCCUCACUUACCGAAGUGGCACCUACCUUUGACAUCGGGUCCCUCUCUCUCCCUUUAUUUGAGCGUUUGGCAACAGGGGAUAACCGACGGGAGUUUGGGAUCGAUGCAAUUGCAAAGCCGAUCGGAGUGAGCGAUGCCAACACUCAGACGCGUCUCAUGACGAGCAGUGGUGGACGAGUGACACGCCAGCGCUCCGAUGUCCUUCGGCUUGUGGCAAUGGGCAAUCAGCACUAUCUUCGAGAACGCAGGUCUCGGAGUCCCACUCGCUUGCAUUACGUUGCUAAGCAUACUACUAGUCAAACUGUUGUGGGAGGCCUCCUCGCCAUAGAGGAAGUUGACGAGGGCUCCUCUAGAAAUGUGAGCGUUGCGGAGGCUUUCCAGCAUAAUGAAACGGAAUUUUUUCUGGCCAAGAGAGAUACUCAUCAUGAAGAAUCCAAUGAACCCGCAAACCCGCCCGAACAGCGUAAAGUGACUGGCCUUAUUGAAAAUUGCAAGAUUCCUGAAAAGGAACCAGACAAUGUGGGUAUAGUAUCGGGCUCCACUUGUCAAGAAAGCAAUGAAACCCCAUCACCCCCUUCUGUCCUGCUAGCAUUAAAAAGUUCCUCAGAGUCUACCGCGGCAAAGCGUCAUUAUAUCUCGUGCAGUCCACCUGUGGCUGGACAUUGCUUUGAGUCCAUAUAUAACGCUAUCUUGCAAUCCCAAAGUACUAGAACCACUGACCAGAACGCCACAAAUCAAUCUGAAAGCAUAGUCAGUGGGCGAGGACCAGUCACGCCGACGGGUCUCGACCGUCAAGAAAUAUGCCACCCUAUUGAAGAACCGUUUCUUCGCCAAAAUUUAGUUACACCAGAAGAAGACAUGGACAAGCCUCAAGGAAUGAAACACUCAAAAAGGGAUACCCACCGCCUGGAUGGUCCUUCAAUUUCUGAUGACGCUAGGAGCCCCAUACCUUUCAUGGAGGAGUCUCCAUUAUUUUAUUCUUUCGAAGAAACCGAUUCCGAGUGCUCAUUCCUGCCAGUGGACCGCAGUUGAUCACCCUUUGAUGUGGAUAAUAAACUAUAGUGUCAUCAGUGGAGAAAACUCAGAAACGGAACAGUUCUU